CGGCUCGGUGCUCACCGUUUAUUCCCCCAUGCCAGCAUCCCAGGAUGAGGAUGAUCGAGGGCGCGGACUCCGCGGUGACCCGGUCCAGCGAGGACCUCUGGGCUGAGAUCUGCUCCUGUCUGCCGCAUCCCGAGCACAAGGACGCCGGCGAUGCUUUCACGGACUCCUUCCUGGAUUCCUACGCCCAGGACAGCGGAUCGGGGGGCUCUUCCCAACCUGCCCUGAAGCCCUGGGCACCCCUGAACGACUCAGAGGUGUAUUUAGCAUCCCUGGAGAGAAGACUGAUGAGGAUCAAGGGCCUGUCCCAGGAGGUGACCUCCAAGGACAUGCUGCGCACGCUGUCCCAGGCCAAGAAGGAAUGCUGGGACAGGUUCCUGCAGGAGAAGUUCGAGGCGGAAUGUUACCUUGAGGGCCACGAUGCUGACGAGAGCACGCUGGAGCACCUGAAGCGCUGGCUGCAGCCUGACAAGGUGGCCAUCAGCUCCGAGGAGGUGCAGUGCCUCAUCCCGCCGGAAUCGCAGCCGGAGAAGCCGGAGAUCGAGGAGGAGCCUCCGGCUGCGGAGCAGUGAGAGCCCCCAGCCCUGCCCGGGGCUGCCUCUUCACCCAGCCCCCAGGAAGAUGUAUAGGAAUAGCAGGAAGGGGGGCACAGAGCCAAUUUUCAGUGAUUGGAAAAGUGAUCUUUAAAAGGAAGAGCCCCCAACACACCAAAUUCCAGCUCUGGAGCUCCGCAGACAGCGACUGGCACUGGUAGGGACGAGAGGGAACGGCUGAACCAAAACCUCACGUUGAUCUUCCCCAGCCUGCAGCCACCUCAUCAUUCCAGCCUGGAUGUGGAUUGCCUUGAAUCCACAUUAAACAGCAACAACAACAAAAGCAGUUGUUGGGAAACACCAGAAAACAUCAAGGUCUAGAAGAGAGCAGAGAAACCACUGAAUC